AUGGCCUAUCCUAAUAAAGGCGGGGGUCCGCCUACAUCAGAAGUGGAUAUCCCACUUGGGCAGGAUCAACAGGAGGAGAAACAACCAUCAAAUGAAUAUAGAGAUAUGAAGCUGUUGAGUACUAUGAAAGCUUUACUUACCCGAGUGCUGGCGACGUGUCCGGCGCCAACGGCAGAUACUAGCGCACAGUCAAGCUCCGUAAAGCUGAUAUCCAAACGAUACAGACGCGGACACGAAGGAAUAGAAAAAAAAUUGUGCACAAACGUCGUUCCACCAGAUUUCUCCCAAGUAGAAACAGAUUUAACAGGUGACGACAAACGAGCGGUCAUUGGGCUAUUGAAUAGGUAUGCUGAUUAUUUUAUAGAAGGUGUCCCAGUAAGCGUAUAA